AUGCUACCGUCGGACAUAAAACAGAGGGUCCUUAAGAUGGCCUAUCUGAUGCUCCUGUGGCUUUACUUUGACGAGAAAUUAGAAGAAUCAAGAGAAGAAGCGGACGAUUCAGACGCAGACGAAGAUGAAACAACCGCUCUGGCCAAUGCAAGCGACGAGAUGUUAAUUGAGGCCUUUGACGCUAUGAAUCGAUUGAUGGCUCGUUCUUGA